CCCGGGCGUGCGCCCGCCGGCGCGGGCAGGUGCUGCGGGGCCGUCGCAGGUAGCUCGCGGCCGCAGCAUGGGCAACAGCGCGGGGCGCAGCGACUUCGAGUGGGUCUACACGGACCAGCCGCACACGCAGCGGCGCAAGGAGAUGCUGGCCAAGUACCCGGCCAUCAAGGCCCUGAUGCGGCCGGACCCGAACCUCAAGUGGGCGGUGCUGGGGCUGGUGCUGGCGCAGCUGCUGGCCUGCUGGCUGGUGCGGGAGCUGGCGUGGCGCUGGCUCCUGUUCUGGGCCUACGCCUUUGGCGGCUGCGUGAACCACUCGCUGACGCUGGCCAUCCACGACAUCUCCCACAACACGGCCUUCGGCACGGCCUUCGCCUCCCGCAACCGCUGGUUCGCCAUCUUUGCCAACCUGCCUGUGGGUGUGCCCUAUGCUGCCUCCUUCAAGAAAUACCAUGUGGACCACCAUCGCUACCUGGGCGGUGACGGGCUGGACGUGGAUGUGCCCACGCGGCUCGAGGGCUGGCUGUUCUGCACGCCGGCCCGCAAGCUGCUCUGGCUGGUGCUGCAGCCCUUCUUCUACUCGCUGCGGCCCCUCUGCGUGCACCCCAAGGCCAUCACCCGCAUGGAGGUGCUCAACACCCUGGUGCAGUUGGCUGUGGACCUCACCAUCUUUGCACUCUGGGGGAUCAAGCCCGUGGCCUACCUGCUAGCCAGCUCCCUGCUGGGCCUGGGCCUGCACCCCAUCUCAGGCCACUUCGUGGCCGAGCACUACAUGUUCACGAAGGGCCACGAGACCUACUCCUACUACGGGCCCCUCAACUGGAUCACCUUCAAUGUGGGCUAUCACAUGGAGCACCACGACUUCCCCAGCAUCCCGGGCUGCAAUCUGCCCCUGGUGCGGAAGAUUGCACCCGAGUACUACGACCACCUGCCGCAGUACCACUCGUGGGUGAAGGUGCUUUGGGACUUCGUGUUCAAGGACUCCCUGGGGCCCUACGCCAGGGUGAAGCGGGUAUGCAAGCUGGCCCAGGAUGGCCUCUGAGCCGGCGCUGGCCCUGGGGCGCUCACUUCCUGCGCUGUGCCACUCGGGGCCGUCCCCUGCCCCCUGGGCAUGCUCCAGAACAGCUUGGCUGCCCUGACCCCCGAGCUGCCACUUUUGUCCCCACUGAGCCCUGGAGUUGCCAUCACGGCCACAGCUGGUGUCAGUGGGCACAGGCCACAGCGGAGCACCUUGGUCUGCAUGUGGACUCCGUGGAGCUUUGGGGCUUCAUGGGGCAGGCGAGGCCUGGUCACCUGCCAGGCCCAGAUGCUCAGUGCCCCAGGUCUCCGUGGAGCUAGUUUGUCAGGUGUUCUCAUGCCUUAAAUUAAACAGGGUUUCUUUU